AUGAAGUCGCCGGGAGCGGUGAUAUCACUCUACAUUCGACAAUUCUUCCGGUGGACUGGUCUUCAAGUAUAUCGACAUCCCGCUCCGUUCUUCUGGAUCCCAGUAGUUCUUUCCCUCGCCGCAGCGUUAGGACUUUUGAGAUUUCACGAGGAGAAUCGGAUAUGGUAUUUAUAUAGCCCAGAAAAAGCAGAUUCACAUUUCGAACAUGCAGUUGCCAAUGAGUUCUUUAACGAUAGAGGUGGAAAAUUUUGGUUGGAGGUGACCAUAACCGCCAAAGACAUGGACAACUUACUGCGACGAGAUUAUUUGGAUGGUGUCGACUCACUUGCAGAAUACCUACAGUACAAUUUUACAGUGCCAUGUAGCGGAGUUCGAGGGGAAAACAAACUAGAAUGCUCGUUCUCGGAUUUGUGCUCCGGCCAGUGUAAUGAUAAUCAGGUCAUACCACUAUUCAACUUGAUCUACCGCAAUGCUUCAUCCCGAUUACAUCCAAAUUUUCGGUUGACCUAUCCUACAAUGCAUUUGUAUAAUGAUGAGUACUACGUUGGAGAGCACUUUGCAGGCGUGAAAAUUGAUCCGAACACGAAUGUAAUAUCCCGCGUGAAAGUCGUCGUUCUCUACUUCCGAACGGAUCGUCAAACCACCGAAGUAUCCCAAGUGCUUAACAACUGGGAAACGAGUCUUUUCGACUACGUGGAGAACUUUGAUCAUCCCUUCCUCAACAUGACUGUCAACUCGGAUGCGAUGAUUGCUCGAGAAGUCCGAACGAAUGGAAUGACAUGUGUGCCAUUCUUCUCCUUUUCUGUCGCGGCUGUAGUCAUUUUCAUAUUCGCCACGAAUAGUCGGGAGCAUUUCGUGUUCUCUCACAACGUUGUGAUGGCUAUCUUGGGAAUCGCCGGACCUCUCAUGGCAACUGGAACCGCUUUUGGAUUCCUCUUCCUUUUCGGAUUUCCAUUCAACUCUAUCACAUUGGUAAUGCCAUUUUUGAUAAUUGGAGUAGGAUGUGAUGAUGUAUUUAUUAUCAUUCAUGCUAUGAGAAAAACCGAUAAAUCUGAAAGUCUAGAGGACCGAAUUGCGGAGACCAUGGAAGAAGCAGGACCCUCAAUCACCGUAACAUCGGCUACGAACUGCUUGUCCUUUGCCAUCGGAAUCGCAACCCCGACUCCUGCAAUUUCACUCUUCUGCCUAUACACCUGUGUGGCGGUUGCUGUGGAUUUUGUAUAUCAGCUAACAUUUUUUGUGGCAGUUCUAGUUUAUGAGGAGAAACGUCUGAUGAAGCUUCAGAAGGUCGGAGAGGAGAAGAAAAUCGAAGCGGCUAUGGAGCGCAGGCCGAAGCAAGUGUUAUCAAUACAGAAUUCUAUUCGAUCAACUGCCGGCGCCCAUCCACCACCUGCAAACCCAAAUGGGAUAGUCAGCAGGUACUGCAGGUUUUUGAAGGACUGGAAGACCCGUUUGUGCUUACUCCUGGUGCUCUGUGGCUAUUGGACAGCUUCUUACUACGGGUGUAAAACUAUGGAAAUCAAAAUGGACACUACUAAUCUUAUCAUGAAUGAUUCCCCGUUAAACCAUAUCGCAUGGAUCUACGAACGGUUCUUGUGGAGUGAAGGGCAAUUGGUCAUGGUUUUUGUGAAUAAUCCUCCUGAUUUAACAAAAUCAGAGAAUCUACAUGAAGUCCUAGAACUUGUAAAUCGAUUCGAAACGCUUCCAUAUUCCAUGGGCAAGAACUCAACCUCAAUUUGGCUACGCUCAUUCUUAUAUCAAAGCUCUCUAUACCACAACAACAAAGGAUUCAAUGGGCUUUUGCAAGAAUGGCUUGAAGACUCGGAAGGAGGCGGUGCCAGAUGGAAUGAUAUGUUGAGGUUGAAGAAGGACGAAAAUGGUACCAUACUUGGAAUUGAUAAGUUCAUGUUUGCAACUGCUUGCGCGAUGGGCGACGAUGCAAAUUGGUCGACUCGUGAGAAAUUACAAAAGCAGUGGAGAGGCGUAGCACAUGAAUAUGAGCAUUUUAACGUUACAGUUUUCCAGAGCUACUCUUUCUACAUUGACCAACUUGACUCAAUCGGCGCGACGACCAUGUCUACAGUAAUCUGGGCUGCAAUUACAAUGGAUCUUGCAUGCCUUCUCAUGAUCCCUGGCAUCAACUCAAUCCUAACAAGUACCAUUGCAAUGAUAUCCAUCAAUAUUGGAGUCUUCGGUCUUUUGUCAAUGUGGAGAGUGAAUUUGGAUCCGAUCACGAUGUGCACCACAUUAAUGUCUAUCGGAUUCUCGGUGGACUUUACAGCGCACAUCUCCUAUCACUACUACCGGAACCCCACCAGUUGGACCACUGAUGAGCGCCUUGCCGAUGCACUGAAAUCUAUCGGAUGGCCAAUGAUUCAGGCCGCAAGCUCGACAGUGUUAUGCAUUUUCCCAUUGAUGUUCAACACGAGUUAUAUGGUUUGGGUGUUUGUGAAAACGAUUCUUCUGGUUACUGUACUUGGGUUGCUUCAUGGAAUUAUAUUUUUGCCGGCGUUAUUGCUUACCUCUGGCGACUUAUCUCGUUUAUUUGGUGGCGACUCAAUACAGCCGGAAAAACCUGAAAAACUCGGAGAAAUUUCACAGGCUUCCAGUUUUUCAAGUGGAAACAGUGAGACAGCUCUAGUCAAAAGCAACUCAACAGAACUGAGAACCUUACCACAGGAACGGGGAUCCGGUUAAUAUGUGCCAAAAAAAAUUGUGAUCCAAAAUUGUAAUUUAUUAGUGUUGUUUUUUUUCUCCACAUUG